GUUCCGAGCUGUCAUGGGCUGCUUGAAAAGACCGAUGGAUGGAAGAGGGGACAGAGUCUAGUCAGCAAAUAACUCAACCUGGUUAACAUUCUUGGAAUGCAAAAGACGCAAUUGACAAGCUGUGCACAAGGGAGAACAAUGUCUCAAACUAAUGAAGUUUGGUUGGGUAGUCACCAUUUCUCGUAAUGUUUAUAUUUAUGGUGGCCGAAGGACAGUAAUUUAUUGCACAUGGAAAGUAUUUAGAAAAAUUAGUUUUUUCUUGGGGAAGGAAUAGGUAAAUGUUUCGUUUACUAUCGUUCCAGCAAGAUGACUUACUUCCACCGCGGCCUUCAAGCUCGUGCACAAACUCCAUCUCCUAUUCACUUUUUUGUCGCAGCGUUUUUUUUGUCGGUCAUUGAAAACAAUCCAAGUUUGGGAUUUAACCAAGAGGCUGAGAGUUUUCUGAGGGAGCUCCAGCAGUACGAAGUAGUUCAUCCUUCUAGAGUGGAUGCCAAAGGUCACUUCCUGUCCAACUUCCUGUUCCACCAUGCUGGCCGGAUACAGCGGCGGGAGGCCCCAGGGGAUCUGGGAAGCUUAACGCGUGUGUUCUACCAAUUGCAGCACGACGGCCACAAUCUGCAUUUCAACCUCACCCUUAACCCACACCUGCUGGCUCCUGGCUUUCUGACGGAACGCAGGUACGGUGGCUUGGAGGGCGCCAAAAUACGUGGCCAAGGCUCCUUGCUGUGCCACCUUUCUGGAGAUGUUUGGGAUGAGGCGUCUGUGAAGGGGAGUGCAGCAAUAAGUACCUGUAAUGGCUUGACCGGACUGUUUAAGCUGACCAAUGAUGAAUUCUUUAUCCGCCCAUUGGAGCAGUCCAGCGAUGACUCUGGCAGGCCACAAGCCCACGUUAUCUACAAACGUCAUGCCUCCUCUUCCUUCAGUCAGAUUGUACAGUCCUUAUCUGGAGAGCAGGCUUUCAACAGUACCUGUGGUGUUAAAGAUCCAGAUGGCACUUUGGAGCGUUUUGAGAGGCAACGGGAGCGCUGGGAACGGCGCCAGCGAAGGAAGAGGAAGAUUCGCCAGCGCUCCAUCAGCAGGGAGAAGUGGGUGGAGACUCUGGUGGUGGCUGAUGCCAAGAUGGUGGAGUACCAUGGAAGUGGGGGCGUGGAGAGCUAUAUCCUGGCCAUCAUGAACAUUGUCUCUCUGAUUUUUCGUGAUGCCAGUAUUGGCAAUGCCGUCAACAUUGUGGUGGUUCGUCUCAUACUGCUGGAGAAGGAUGAGGAGGAACUGAAGAUCACACAUCAUGCUGACAACAGUCUGAGUAGCUUCUGUAAGUGGCAGAAACGUCUCAACAUGAAGGGAGAUGAGCAUCCAGUACAUCAUGAUGUAGCUGUCCUGCUCACAAGAAAGGACAUCUGUGCAGCCAUCAAUAAGCCCUGCGAGACUCUGGGUCUGUCUCACGUGGCGGGCAUGUGUCAGCCACAUCGCAGCUGCAGCAUCAGCGAGGACACGGGUCUGCCACUCUCCUUCACCAUUGCCCAUGAGCUGGGACACAACUUUGGAAUUCAGCAUGAUGGCAACGGCAAUGACUGUGAGCCCAUUGGGAAAAGACCUUUCGUCAUGUCUCCACAGCUCCUUUAUGGCACUGUCUCGCCCAGCUGGUCACUCUGUUCCCGCCAGUACAUCACCCGCUUCCUAGAUCGUGGUUGGGGCUGGUGUUUGGAUGACCCCCCAAUGAGAAAUGAGCUGGCUCUUAACACCAGACCCGCUGGGGUUUUGUACGACGCUGCUCACCAGUGUCGACUGCAGUAUGGCUCUGGGUCCUUGCUCUGUGACGACGUCGAUAACAUCUGCAGUACAUUGUGGUGCACCGUGGGGACAACCUGCCACUCCAAGCUGGAUGGGGCAGUGGAUGGGACCAGGUGUGGGGAGGACAAGUGGUGUUUCGAUGGAGAGUGUGUGGCAGCAGGUUCCCAGCCAGAACAUGUCAACGGAGGCUGGGCGCCAUGGAGUGAGUGGACAUCCUGUUCUAGAACCUGCGGGGCCGGAGUGCAGAACGCCCAGAGAGACUGUGUCAACCCUGUGCCAAAAUAUGGAGGGAAAUACUGUGUGGGUGAGCGUCGGAGGUACAGGAUUUGUAACAGUGCUCCGUGUCCUCCUGGACAGCCCACGUUCAGGCACAACCAAUGCAGCCACUUUAACACAAUGCCUUACAAAGGCAAGUUCUACAAAUGGGUGCAAGUCAACAACAAAGUGAACCCUUGUGAGCUACACUGCCGUCCUCUGAAUGAGUACUUCUCUGAAAAGAUGCUGGACGCAGUUAUUGAUGGAACCAAGUGCUUGGAAGGCAGCACAAGUCGAGACAUGUGCAUUAAUGGUAUCUGUAAGAAUGUGGGCUGUGACUAUGAAAUUGACUCCAAUGCUGUGGAGGAUCGCUGUGGGAUAUGCAAUGGCAAUGGUUCUACUUGUGAGACAGUGAAGAAGACUUUUGAGGAGAGCGAAGGACUUGGCUACGUUGAUAUCGGACUGAUCCCAGAAGGGGCGCGGGACAUCCGCAUUGAGGAGGUGGCUGAAGCUGGAAAUUUCUUGGCACUCCGAAGCGAUGACCCGGAAAAGUACUUUCUGAACGGUGGUUGGACUAUCCAAUGGAAUGGAGACUACAAAGUAGCAGGGACGAUAUUUACCUAUGAGAGGACAGGGCACCUGGAGAAUCUGACUUCCCCCGGACCAACAAUGGAGCCAGUUUGGAUACAGCUUCUUUUCCAGGAAACCAACCCUGGAGUGCGCUACGAAUACACCAUCAGUAGAGAGGUCUCUCAAGACUCUGACAACAACAUCCCCAGUUCAGAUUUCUUCUGGAAAUUCGGCUCAUGGACUGAGUGUAGUACCACCUGUGGUAUCGGUGUCCAGCGUCAAAUUGUGCACUGUGUAGAGAAGACCUCAGGGAUAGUUGAGGAGCACUACUGUGAUCCUUUGACCCGCCCCGAUGACAAACGGGCCAGCUGUAACGAGGAGCUCUGCCCAGCAAUAUGGUGGGUGGGGGAGUGGCAAAAGUGCUCAGCCCUUUGCGGGAGCUUAGGCCUGGCCAAGAGGACCGUGCUCUGCAUCCAAGCUGUGGGUUUGGAGGAGCAAAGAGCCCUACAGCCUUCCCAGUGUCAACACAUGCCCAAGCCUGUGUCUGUAGCACCUUGCAACACACACAUCCUUUGCCCUGCAGACUGGACUGAGGGCAACUGGUCAGAGUGCUCACUAACAUGUGGCAGUGGCGUGCAAACCCGGAAUGUGACCUGCUCAAGAAACACCGGUGUCGACUGUGAUCUCAGAAAGAAACCCAGUGGUGUCACUCCUUGCUACAUCCGGGACUGUCCCCAGGUCCCAGACGUCUUUGGUGGUAGUGACUGGUCUGGAAGUGGUUCGUUCAGCAAAGAAGUCUUCAACAAAAUCAACUCAAUCCCUGAUGCCAAUUCUCUGCCCAAAUACAGCACAACACGAGCACAGCCAAAAGACCGCAACAAACUGUAUAACAGAAUGGAAGGCGAUUUCUCCCCCAGAAAUACAAUUGAAAAGGCCCAAAACAAGCCCGCUGACAAUAAUGUAAAGGUAGAUGACUUCUACUAUGACUACAACUUUAUCAAAUUCCAUGAGGACCUUUCAUACGACUUUGACUCGGGAAUCAUCAGUCAAGCUGAAAAGAAUAGUAUUGAACAGGAACCUAAACCCAAUUCAGGUGUGGAAGAAAAUAUUGACAGGGAAACAUCUCUUUUAUCUAACACACCUGUGCCUGAAAUAACGACUUCCUAUCAUUUACAAGAUGACAAACAACAGAAACCGCGUGCGGAGGAUGUUGAGAAUAGCAAUUCAUCACUAAAGAAACUCGUUGAAAUGAACCAGGAAAAGGAGGACGAUUUAUUUUCUGAAGACUAUUUUCUGCCCAUUGCAAAUACUCCCCCACCACCAGGUUCAACCACAAAAAUAUGGAAAGAAAGCAACAGUAAUCUUGGCUUGCCUCUUAACCCCAGCACAGCACACAGCCUGGUAUUGACAACUAAAGUGGCCCCCGUGGACAUAAUACGAAGCAAACAUGAAGAGAAACCAGUUGGAGACAAAGAUUUUUUCCAAGAUUUCAGCCAAGAAAAAAGCAAUUAUGGGAAUAUUGAUGACACAGUUGAGGUGACUACACCAGUCAAAAAGGUGUACAAAAAUGAGGACCUCCCCUCAGUGAUAAUUGGUAGGGAGAAAGAAAAGGCAGGGGAGUUAGGCUACAGCUAUUAUGAAAAAACUACAGCAGUCCUACAAUUCCCCGACUCCCUUGGAGAAACAGACAGCAGGGCACCACAUUCCCAUUUUCCUCUUUCAGCCACCAUGUUUGAGGUGAAGAUGCACGAAGACAGCUUUUUCAGUACAACUUUGUCUGAGUGGGAUAAAACGAUGGUUGAAACUAUUUCAAUUACCACUUCUCUUCCAUAUGCAUCAUUAAACCCAACUUCUACUGAAGAAGGCAAUCAUGAUGUGCUUUCACCUGAAGAAAAAACACACUUUGAUCAACAGGACUUCAGUACGGAUCCCAACACUGUUAACAAAUACAAUAAUUUAGGAAUUACAGAAGGUUACACAGUAACCUCACAUCUGGUCUCUCAAGAGAAACCUCCUCCAACUCCCGCUCACCUCCGUCCCCUCUCAGAAAGCCAGGAGAACAUCAACGCCCCAUGGACGACCAGAAAGGACACCCUACUUCCUACACAUCUGGAAAGCAUAGUAUCUCCACCUCCGUCCAUUGUGACCCAGACCCAACCUGCAGCUAAGCCUGAAAAAGAGAUUUACACACCCUCUUUUCCUCAUUAUGAAGUCUCCCUUGGUCAAACGGAUUCUAGUCUUCUGACUCCUUCAACAUAUCUUUGGAAUGAAAUGGACCACAAUGAAAUCCUGAUCCCCCCUAGGUUACAAUUGAGUGGUACAGACCACCCAUCCAGCACAUUUCAACCCUUGACAGAUGCUGUCACCACGGUAACUAACACAGCCACUCUGCAGGAUGGUACGAGUCCCACGUCCACCACCCAGUCCCAUCUGUCACUCCAUUCUCUCAUGCUACAGUCCCAAACCAUCCCAACACCAAACCCAGCUGCCUACUGGGUUACUGGCAACUGGAGUGCAUGCUCGACCAGUUGUGGCCUGGGAGCUAUAUGGAGGAUGGUGGUCUGCAGCUCUGGUAAGGACACAGACUGUGACCUAGCAAAGAAGCCUGUGCCGGCCCGUCGCUGCUACUUGCGUCCCUGCUCUGCCUGGAAGACAGGCCAGUGGAGCCAGUGUUCCAAGAAAUGUGGUGGAGGGGUGACCUUGCGUGAGGUUCAGUGUUUUGACACAAGAGAUCAGAGGCCUCUUCGACCAUUCCACUGCCAACCGGUCUCCCCCAGGCCCACUGCACGCCUGCCCUGCAACCCCCAGCCCUGUUUGGAAUGGUACAGCUCAUCCUGGGGACAGUGCUCAGAGGUGUGUGGGGGAGGGGAACAGCAGCGCCUUGUUACCUGUCCUGAGGAAGAACAAUGCGAUGAGGAUGUUCUGCCCAGCAACAUCCAAGCUUGUAACAGCCAAGUCUGUGCCCAAUGGGUCACUGGCUCCUGGGGACAGUGCUCUGCGUCCUGUGGCGGUGGUGUGCAACGGAGACUAGUCAAGUGUGUCAACUUGAAGUCUGACACAGAGGAAGAGGAGGAGCAUGCUCAGUGUGACCAUGAAUCCUGUCCAGAAAACACUCAAAAGUGUAAUAUCCAGGAGUGUGAAAACAUCACGUUCGGAGUGAUGUGUGUUCGGGACCGGCUCACAUUCCGGUUCUGUCAGACCCUUCAGUGGCUUGGCCACUGUAACCUCCCCACUGUUCGGGUGCAGUGCUGCAGAACCUGCAGCCAGCGUUCCCGUGGCAACGAACGCACAUCACGUCGCUGAGAUUCUGAGAGACAUGUCCACAUAGCCCUCCAGAUGUGAACACAUAGCCCUCUAUGCACAUGCAUUGUAUGUGAAUGGGGACAUAUGGACACACACACGCACACACACAACUAAGGUUCUGGGCACCACACAUUUAGCAUUUGUUAUCUGGAAGGUGAAUCAAGCUCACACUUUAUUUUAGGGGCCCUAUCUAUAAUCUUUUCUGCACAAUAAACCAAGUAUUUUUUUACGCUUUAACAGGUAAUAGUUAAGAUUAAUUGAUAGUGUGCUGAAUGUUUAUUGACAUUAAUUUCAGCAUUUACAGACUAUUUCUAAAUGUCCUCUCAGGUUAGUUUUUCUGAAAUCAGUAAGUGAAAAUGAACUCUGAGAUUUGUGUACAUCAUAGUAGGAUAGUAAGACACUCGCACUGUUUUCCAAUAAGAAUCAAUGCUCGGAGCAGGGAUGCAACCAAAACCAAUAAUCCAUCCCAGAGAAGGAGGAGACACUGCCUGUCACCACUAUACAUGUUGUAUUUAAUGUAUUAUCUCAGUUCCGAACCGUCAUUGCCGUACAACCCUCACAGACUCUCUCUUGCAGUUUCUUUACUUACUGACCAGAGUUUGAAAGAGGAAAAAUCGUGCAGCUAGCAAUUGGUGUUUUAAUUUAGGUCUGGCUCAUACCAUAGCAGCAUGGGAUUUGACCAGGGUACUGAUUUUAGCAUCCAAUACUUUUUACGGUAUUCACUUUAGUUUAUUAGCUUAUAACAAGGAAAGAUUGUUCAGACAACACUUUCUAUUGAUAGCAGCUGACACUGCAGUAUAUCCAAAACAGACUUGGGAACAAAAAGGUGGGUGCAAGUCUGGAAAUCCUCAUUUAUAAAUCCUCCAAUAACAUACAGCUUUGUUGAUUAUUUACAGAUAUAACAUUACGUAACAGUUGCUUUAGUGUAGUGCAGAUGGAUAGAUAAAAAAAAAAAUAAUGUUCGCUUUUUGAAUGAGUUAUUCAACAAUACUGGCUUGUUAAAAAAACAUUUGGUGUAUGGAAACUGUGCUGCAAAAAUAACUUGGUGCUACAGUAUAGGCAGUCGCAGAUUUCAACUCUCAUGUCAGGUGUUGGGCAGGCCCAGUGCCUCUUCUACUUGAAUCAUAGCUUUUGUCUCAGAAUUGCCUAAAAUUGCCUAUUUUGAUCUCAAGUCAAAUUUUACUUUGACCUUUCAUGACAACAGAAUUGUCAUUUAAAUAUUGUGUGGAAGGCCCCUCAGGCCCACACUUUCCUGCUCUAAGGGGAAACAUUUUGCUUGAGAAGUGUCCGUUAUUCAUUGGCUUCUGUAGCUUCUAUAUAUUCAUAGCCUAAGGGGAAGUUAAUCCCAUGGUAAAAGUUGUGCAAACAUUCCACUGUCAGUUAUAUUCAACAAGAAGGGUCAGUCUUUGCCCACAUUCAAAUGCUAUCUACUUGAUUGUGGAAAGGAAUUCAUUCAGUUGAUGCAGAUCAACAAAGCCAUUGUGUAUAUGUUAUUUUGUAAACUGCUAUUGCAGGGGUAACUUUAGGUUGUCAAUAAAUAAUUUUAUCACAUGAAGUCAAACUAUUGCAGAAUGUGCUGGUUAAUUGUAUCAUAAGGUGUAGAAGUAUAUGUUUCCAAAAUGCAUAAUAUUUUAACUCACAAUUGAGUUUAAGUAGCACAUUUUCAAUUGUUUAUUUAGUUAGCACAAAGUUGUGAAAAGCAUGAUCAUAAUAUUGUAAAACCUGAAUGGCAUUUAAACUAUUGAUGACUACCUUUUGAACUGCAGAUAAUGGGAUAUAAUGAAACAUGAAUGAGACCAGCUCUCUCCACUUCUGAGGGAAAGCCAUCCAACAGAUUAUUAAAAUCUCUAUCACAGUCCUCUGUGAGCGCAAUUCAUCACAUUAAGUCCAUUUCUGCUCAAGCAAUUCCAGGCAUGAGGCUUAUUGUAGCCUAAGAGACACAGUGCCCCUUACUGUUCCCUUAUAUCCAUUACAGGAAGUUCCCUCCAAUUUAUCAAAUUUGUGUACAGGUUGGAAAACCUUAAAAUUGACUGAUUCGCUUGUGUUUGUUGGCCAACUUGUACAAGUGUACAAUUCAUCAGUACAGCUUUGUCUAAUCUCAAACUAUCAUUUUUCUGUAUUCUGCAUUGACAGAAAAGGUACAGAUCAAAGAAGGGAACAUUAUAUUUCAUACAUUUCUCCUCAGGCAGAUUUUCUAAUUUAAUUACUUCAUAUCACAGGUCUCGAGGUUUAAUUAAGGGAUGCCAAUAUUCUCCUGGCAAUGUGUCUAAUGCUGUGUGUAAUUCAGAUAUAAAAAAUGCCAACAUCUGUUUCACGGACUUUAGUCGAGAACUAACCAAGCAGCAUAGGGUUCCACCUUAAACUAAGACCUUUGGGGCUCCAAAGCAAUUGCAACAUUUGAAUGCAAUGCCUUUUGUUAACAUUCUCAGUAUUAAUCACACACAGCCAAGGACAUUUUUGAGCCUUGAACAGUGUAGCUUUGAAUCUCUGAUUAAUUGUUAUGCGUACUAUAUAUCAGCUUCAUCCCAGGCCAUAAAUUGUAUUGGAAGGAACAAGGACAUAAUGUACAAUAAUCAUAAUGGAAUUAAAUGACAAAGGACUCGUUGUCAUGUGUAUGUACACUGGAUGUCUUGCCUUGUUUCCACAGCUACAAAAACAGUUUGAACUAACAAUAUAAAAUACUGACAAAAGAGAAAAGACAUUAGCUAUGGUGACAUGUUUAUGAUGCUUCAUCAAUUAGUCCCAUCUGUAGCCCCAUGGGUCAAGGCUUGGCCACCAGACACUCGCCGGCGAACUCCGCUCCCAGGUCUGACUCUAGGGCUUUCCCUUUGCUGGGCAAGGUGCUGCAACUACUCCGUGGCCGUUUUAUACGGGGUCUAGUGCAUCUAGUGACAUCAAAAAAGAAAUAGCUUUCAACAGAACCUACAUGUAACCCUACUGUAGCUUCCACCAAUGGUUCUAAUCUACCUAAUGGUUCUAAUCUAGCAUGUCUGUGUUUCAUCAUUUAUAGGCCUACAUCCUAUUUGUUCAGACCGUUUGUGAUUAAACUAGAGAGGGUACAAUUUCUGGGGAAAUUGUGGGGUGUGCAUUUCUUGGUUGCA